GGAGACCGGCGCACGAGGCCGCCCAAGCCGUCCGCCGGAGAGCGAGCGUAGCAACCACUUGGACGGCAACAACGCCUGUACGCGCCGCGCCCACCGAGCGUCGCGCCUCUCACAGAAGCUGCAGCGUGUCCCCUCCAAGCGAACGCAACAGGGGGUGUGCAGAACAGAGUUGCCGUCGAAAUCUUCGCAAAUACCUUCACCGUUUUUCGCGAAUAUACCGUUGCGUGUGUGACUGCGGAUCGCUGCGGACUCUUGGGACAACAGCCGCGUCUUUCUGUGUAAAUGAUCUCCGAGACGACGCAGACGACGACGUCGUCUUGACGGUCCCCCUGGGUUGCGUAAGCGCGUAACAUUGACUGGCACGGACCAGGAUGGCGGACCAGGAAGCGGGUACGUCCAGGAACAACAACGCAGUCGGUGUCGCCGCCACAAACGGCACAAGCAACCACGUACCGCAUCGCAACAGCAUCCACGCACCAGCGGGCAGGACGACAGAAGACACCAUUUGUCCGGAAGAUGGCGGCCUCACCAACCAGCAGCAGCAGCGGCUGGAACGCGAAGGGGACGACCAGGAGGAAGAGGCCGUUUCGGCUCCCGUGUGCCGCGGCUGCAGCUUUCCGUACCUGCUGGUGCAGGCGCUCGUCCACCUGGGCAUCUACAUCCACAAGCUAACGCAGGAUGCCUACUCAGUGUCCACCUACUACCAGGAGCAGCAGGUCUACUACUGCGCUAUCUCGGUCAUCUGCCUGUUCGUGCCGUCGCUCGUCUACUCGGCCUACCUGGUGGCCGACAGCAUACUGGACCGAUCCACGCCCGCAUCGGACAUCUGCACCAAGCUCGUCAACGGGCUGCUGCUUGUCCCGUGGCAGAUCAAAGGACACGUCGAAGUGCUUCACUUUGCGGCGCAGCGGGUGUGCAGCUGCAUAUCACCCUCGAAAGGCGAGAUGGUGCGGCUGCGCACAUUGAAGCGAGAGACCUUCGUGCUUGAGUUCUUCGAGGACUUCUACGCUGGAUUCAUACAGAUCCUGUUGCAGCUGUACCUCAUCGUGCUCUUUAUCAACUCAGAUCACACGUCACAAGCACUGAUCGGCCAACUAGUGGGCUCCGCUCUCAGCCUGUGGUCUCUGAUCAAGGCCGUGCAGCGCAAGGACGACGGCUUGCUCACGGGCACGCUCUCCUUCCUCGGCUGGAUGUCUGUAACGGCUGCCCGGGGCCUCGCGCUGUCCCUGCUCACCGCCGUCAUCCAUGGCUGGGUCGUGGUCGCCUGCCUUGUACACGCAAUCGCCAUGACCGCCUGGAUAUCGAGCUUCGUGCGGGACACGCACAGGCGCCAGGACAGCGUGCGACGGGAGCCCAGCGACGGCGGUGUCGUCAGUGACUCGUCCUCGCAGGCCCCGCUGCGCAGCCCCUGCGUCACCACCAUCAUUAUCUUCGCGCUGUUCGGCCUACCCUCGCUCGUCUUCUGGCCCAUCAUGUUCGAGUUCAAGCUCAAGCGCAGAGUCUUCCUCUUCAUGUUCAUCUUCAUCGUCGAGAACCUGCUAUGCUUCGGCGCCUGGCAACUGUGGGGCAGCCACACGACGCCGCACAACUACCGGGUCGUCGUGUCGGCCCUGCUGCUGGGCCUCACGGCGUCCGGGGUGUUCUUCAUCGCUCUAUACGUUUGCUGCAAGCCAGAGAAGACCGACCUCGUGGUGCUGCAGCACAUACGUGAGGACAACGCCAAUAAGUACGGCAUCUACUUCGACUUCUGCAAGGCCAUUCGCAUCCUGCCGGACACAAGCGACAUUGCGCGCGACAUGGAGAAGAUACGCAUGCUCAAGUUAGUCAAGUGACGGACUAGUCCCUGAGGGAGAGGCAGCCACUAUGCAUUUCGAAGUACUUUCGCACAGCAUGAAAUGUGCCCUGCAAAGUGCGCGAUAAGAGUGCCCAACACAGCAAAGAAACUGAGUAGUGUGUGACGUGCACCAGUUGAAGGCGCUGCAGAUAUGACAGAAAUAAGUGUUCACUAUAAACUGUUCUCCUUGCACGGGAGUGAUAUUAAAUAAAGUUGUACUUUCCUUGUUCAA